AUGCCAACAGGAACGCCGCACAACUCAUGCGUGCUCCCAUACCGCAUUCGAGUCGACGAUUUCAGCUCGAACGUCCAGCCGGCACCACUUUUGCACCUUUUGACGCAUACGCACUCAGACCACAUUAAUGGCCUUGCAGCGAGGUCCUUUGGCUACAAUGUGUACUGCUCUGAAGACGCUAAACAGAUGCUUUUGAGGCAUGAAGUCUAUGCAGAACGGGAAUAUCAUGAGAAGGAUCUUCGGGCGGAAAAAAUCAGGACAUUUUCGCAUUUGAAAGUGGACCCGCUGGUCCAUGCAGACGGGACGCUGUACUAUCAAGGCUCGAGGGACCUUCUCAAAACGCUACCUUUGCACAAACCUACCCGUAUGGACUUGGACGCGAACGAGUCUGUUACAAUUACACUACUAGACGCCAAUCAUUGUCCCGGGGCUGUCAUGUUUUUGAUUGAGGGACCGAGGGGCGCUGUAUUGCACACAGGAGAUUUCAGGGCUGAGCCCUGGUUUCUGGAAUCAAUCGUCAGGAAUCCAUUCUUACAGCCCUAUUUGUAUCCCCAAACCUGCGGGGGCACUCAUGCUCUCAGCCGGACGCUGGAGGCCAUUUAUCUUGACACGGCUUGCGUCCUCUCAACUUCAGAGGUACCCACCAAAAUUCAUGUCGAUCGGUACAAGCACUCCAUUUACCAACACAUAUCGGACCCUUUCCUUCAACUCAUCACUACGCAAGACCCUUCGGCGACCCGGUUCCAUGCUUGUGAACGAUUCCACCGAUGUCCUUACGUUGAAGUUGAAAAUCAACCAGGCUCCUAUUCGAAUACCAUCAGCACGCUCGGGAAGCGUGUGGUGUAUGUCAACCCAGUCUCCAUGGACGUGGAAACAUGGGACAAGUACCUUCACGACACGGAAACUCGACUGAAGAGAGGCGAAACCGUUAAUAACUUGGCUGCCCAAGACGACGGCGACGUUGCACUCAAAAACCUCGUCGGCGAGGGUGCUGAAGCUGUUGCUUCUCGCUGGGCAGACGGUGGAAAGCUGCUGAAAAAACUGGACAUUCUUCGCGAAUACCUAGGGGAAGAGGAGAACGAGAGCAUCGAUCGUUUACUUGGACUUCGCUCGUCUUCUCCUGAGAUCCAGGAAGCUGCACCUGUGAAAUCCGGUGCGGUCUGCAAGGACAGGGGCAAGGCUGUGGCUCGUUACGAACCGGCGAGUGACGAAGACACGGACUGUGGUGAUUCGGAUGACGAACGGGAAAGGACUGCGCGUUACCUGUUUGGAGCUUCGAUGGGAAGCAAGGACAAGGAGAACAUGCAAUAUUUGUGGUCGUCUCAACGGUCGUCUUCUCCCGUUUCCCAGAGUAGCGACAAUUUAUCGAUCUUGCGCGACAUCCUACCAACCGCAGAACCACUGGUGGCCAGUGGUCCUAUGCGACCCGACGUUCUCGCAGGUUCUUCAUCUGCGCAAAAAGCGAAACGUGGACUUGGGAGGGACGGAUCUUGGCGACUCAACAAAUUGACGCCUUCCACGACACCUGUUGCGCAACAUAAGAAGGCUGCAAAGAAACCGAGCCAUCCUCCAGAGAGCCCUAUCAAAGCCAUAAUGUCGAAAGUUUUGACCAACUCUCCUGCUGCCGCUAGUGGGCACAGUCUUGGCUCUCCUAUCAACCUCUGCUCCUCGCCUGAUCCCGAGGAGGCAGGUUCAGACAGCUUUCUGAACAAGCUGUUGAAGAAACACACCACGCCUUCGAAGCCACCGCCUGUGGGGGGUGUUCUCCUCUCUUCAGGCCGGGCUCCCCGACCACCUUUGUCGUCCCGCCCUGUUAUCACCCCAUCCAAGAAGCCUUCAAAAUCCGUUCCGUCCGUGCCUUUAUCCGGUUCGAGGCCCCAGACAUCGACGAAGCGCAAACGCGAAGCCUCGGCAGGCUCACCUAUAGAUAUGCCCGCUCCGGCUGUCAAACGGCGAAAGCAGAACCAGGAGCAUUCAGUGGCUUUGACUUCAGUUCCCAUAGCAAGACAACGCAAUUCGAACCCAGAACAAAUGGCUACGAGUCAACGCAAGCGCAAGCGUUCCCCAGAGAAAAGCCAGCACCACCGCAGGAGCUCGCAAGAUCCAAAGGACCUGCAACUCAAAAGGAUCGUCAUCGCCGAGAGGAUCGCGAGUGCCAUGCCGGAUAAGGUGUCGGCGUUGUAUUCCAAGAAACGGGCAACGUUGGUGGCCAAGUACGGAACGCCUUCCAGCAGCCAGGUCGCGCCAUCGCAGACUUCUGCUUCGGAGGAGCAGCAGAGGGCCGUUGUUGAAGCCAGGAGGGUGUCUGUCAGCACGCGCGCCAAACCCUCGGUAGUUCGCCUUCCAGAUACGCCGUCUCAGCCUUCUGGAAGUCGCCUCGGUUCGUCGGUUGGCCCAUCUGCGGUUCGAGGCCUGGACGACCUCAUCGGAACCAAGACGAUGGUACUGGAGGAUUUCAAUGUCGGGGAGGAUGACAGUGGAUUGGAUUGGGGACGGAGUAGGGAGUUGUUCGAGAGCUUUAGGGUUGAUAUCAGUCUUGGGAGGAAGCCGACCGUACCAGCGUUGAUGUGUACGAGGGAGACGCAGUCUCAAUCGCAGAGCUUGCGACAUCACAAACCUGCCAGGUUGUAG